AGAGUUAAAAUGAAAGGGGAAAAAAGAAAAGAAGAAAAGAAAACUGAGACGUAAAGUGAGAACGAAAAUUCGUAGAUAUUUCGCUGAAACUUCUCAGAUUCCGCCAACUUUCUAAGAUCAGAAAAAGGGAGUCUGAGAACUGAGUCUCCGUUUGGUUGCUGGGAAAACGAGGUAAAGGAAAAAGGAAAGACAAGAAAAGAAUCUCGGAGCUGAAGUUAGUGCCUUUUGUUGUUGUUUGUUGUUUUUUGGUCUUCUGAAGGUGAAGAGCUCGGUUAGGACUAAGCUUGGGUUCUGGUGGAGGCAAAUUUGUUGUUUCAGAGUUUGAUUUGGUUUACCGUCUUACAUUUUUCUCACUGACCAAACGGGAGGGUUGUUUGGAAGCUCACAAAAUGCAAACUAGGUAUAUGGAGAGAUCCAACAGCCUCGCGAGGGAAAAGAGGGCUUUGGAUCCUUCUUCAACGGAAGAAGGACAGUCUGAUAGGAAACGACCUGCUCUGGCUAGUGUAAUAGUUGAAGCUCUGAAGGUGGAUAGUCUGCAGAAACUUUGCUCAUCAUUGGAACCUAUUCUUCGGAGAGUUGUCAGUGAAGAGGUGGAGCGUGCUUUGGCAAAGUUAGGCCCAGCUAAACUUACUGGGAGGUCAUCUCCAAAAAGGAUAGAAGGGCCUGAUGGAAGAAACUUACAGCUGCAGUUCAGGUCCAGGUUAUCUCUCCCUCUCUUUACUGGAGGGAAAGUAGAAGGGGAGCAGGGUACAACAAUCCAUAUUGUCCUGCUUGAUGCAAGCACUGGGCAUGUUGUAACAUCAGGUCCAGAGUCCUCAGUAAAACUAGAUGUUGUUGUACUUGAAGGUGAUUUCAACAAUGAAGAUGAUGAUGGCUGGAAUCAAGAAGAAUUUGAGAGUCACGUGGUGAAAGAGCGUGAAGGAAAGAGGCCACUUCUGACUGGUGAUUUGCAAGUAACCCUGAAGGAAGGUGUAGGGACGCUAGGAGAGCUGACAUUUACUGACAACUCAAGCUGGAUAAGGAGCAGGAAGUUCAGGCUAGGGCUGAAGGUUGCCUCAGGCUAUUGUGAGGGCAUGCGUAUUCGUGAAGCAAAAACAGAUGCCUUCACUGUUAAGGAUCACAGAGGGGAAUUAUACAAGAAGCACUACCCUCCUGCAUUGAAUGAUGAAGUUUGGCGAUUGGAGAAGAUUGGCAAAGAUGGGUCAUUCCACAAGAGGUUGAAUAAAGCUGGAAUAUUCACUGUUGAGGACUUCCUACGACUUGUAGUUAGAGAUUCACAAAGAUUACGGAAUAUUCUUGGAAGUGGCAUGUCAAAUAAGAUGUGGGAUGUUCUUGUGGAGCAUGCAAAAACUUGUGUUCUAAGUGGGAAACUUUAUGUUUACUAUCCUGAUGAUGUGAGGAGCGUAGGCGUUGUGUUCAACAAUAUCUAUGAGUUGAGCGGCUUAAUAGCAGGUGGACAAUAUCACUCAGCUGAUUCUCUUACUGACAAUCAGAAGGUCUUUGUGGAUACCUUGGUGAAGAAGGCAUAUGACAAUUGGAUUAGUGUUGUAGAGUAUGAUGGCAAGUCUCUUUUAAACUUUAACCAAAGUAAGAGCUCAGGUUCUUCUCAGACUGAAGUUGCGAUGGGCCCACAAGACUAUCCUAACUCCUUUGACCAUCAGCUCACUUUACCAAGCUUGCCGGUUUCAGUUCCACCACAGCAGCCUUCUGUGGGUCCAAGCAUAACGGUUGGAGGGUAUAAUGAUAAUAUGCCCACCAGAUACCCAAUACAGUCGCAGAACGUAAAUCUCAAUGCUCCUAUGCAGUUUGAUGGCACCUCAUUCCCUCUCCAGAAUCAGUUGAUUGGCAAUCCACACCAAGUGCAACUUCCAAGUAAUGAAAGCAUGCUUGCCCUUGGUCCCCCGCCAGCAACCACACCAGGCUUCCAAUCUGUUGGGACUUCAAAUCUUAAUUAUAGAGUUGAUGACUUCUUCCCAGAGGAUGAGAUUCGCAUGAGAAGUCAUGAGAUGCUUGAAAAUGAUGAUAUGCAGCACCUGCUUCGUAUCUUCAACAUGGGCAAUCAUGGUCAUGCCUCUGCAAAUGUUACUGAUGAUGGGUAUCCUUAUUCAUCAGCAUACAUGCCCACUUCAUCUACAGGUUAUGGCUUUGAUGAAGAUCGAAGCCGUUCGUCAGGCAAAGCUGUUGUAGGGUGGCUGAAGCUCAAGGCAGCACUGAGAUGGGGCAUCUUCGUUAGGAAGAAGGCUGCUGAAAGACGGGCUCAACUUGUUGAGUUGGAUGAACCAUAAAUUAGCUAGUGAGACAAGCUGUUUUCAACUCCUGUUUUAUUCCCUGCUUCUGAUUCCUGUCCUGCUGAAGUUCUCAGCGUGAGCAAAGACUGAUCUUGGGACUUGAAUUGAUGCUCGGGGGCGUGGGUCCUUGGACUGCUAAUUGGUGGAGUCAUCAUAACAACGUGACAUCUAGGAACCUCUUUGCUUGCACAGUUCUUGCCUGUACAGUAAGCUUGUUUCACACCUCGAUAACUUUACUAAAUUGUGUUCUGUUUAUCAAGAUCAUAUUCUAUGCCCGUCAUUAUUGGCUGCAAGAUCUGAAUAACCAUCGGGUUUGAGUUGAAGCAGCUGAAAAUGCUGGUGACACAACUGUGAUUUCAGAGGGAAUCUUUCUCAAGGCCAGGAAAUUUAGCAAGUUAUUUAUUUCUUCUUUCCUUUUUUCUUUCUUUGGUUUUUCAGACUUAAAUUUGAGAGUGGAGGAGUUGAAGUGGCAGGUAGGUUUGUCACUUUCAUAGUGGCUAAUGUGUUAUUGUGGUUACUGUUUGAUGUUAGUUGAGAUCCAACACAAUAAAAUGUGCUUUUAUUUUA